AUGCUUUCUGUCAAUUUGUUGGCUACUGCUGUAGUUGGUUUUUAUGCUUCGUCAAUCAAUGCUGCUGAUUACGAAACCUAUCCAACUGUUGCACACACAGCGUCGAUCAAUGGUUUCGCUGAUAAAAUUUACGAUAGACUUCCAGAAUGUGCUAAGCCAUGUGUCCAGCAAGACACUGGUAGCACACCAUGUCCAUACUGGGACCCAGGUUGUCUUUGUGUUAUGUCAAACUGGGGUGGUCCAGUUGCCGAAUGUAUUGCUGAAAAUUGUCAGGGUGAUAAUGUUGUCACUGCUACAAGUUUAGCUACCUCUAUCUGUUCCAGUGCAGGUGUUCCCAGUCCAUUUUGGUUCAUACCAGCUUCAGCUUCAGCGGAUUUACUGGAGGCUGCAGAAGCUACUAUUACUGAUGACGCUUCUUCAUCCGCUGCUGAAACUACCGAGCCAGCUUCUUCAGUACCAGCUACCAGCGAACCAGCUUCUUCAGAACCAGUUACCAGCGAACCAGCUUCAUCAGAACCAGCUACCACUGAUGCACCUACCUCCGAUACAGCUGAAAACCCAUACGCAACUUUCCCAACUGUCGUACGUACUGCCUCAAUUAACGGGUUUGCUGAUAAGAUUUAUAGUCAACUCCCAGAAUGUGCUAAGCCAUGUGUCGAAGAAGAUACUGGUAGCACACCAUGUCCAUACUGGGACCCAGGUUGUCUUUGUGUUAUGUCAAACUGGGGUGGUCCAGUUGCCGAAUGUAUUGCUGAAAAUUGUCAGGGUGAUAAUGUUGUCACUGCUACAAGUUUAGCUACCUCUGUCUGUUCCAGUGCAGGUGUUCCAAGUCCUUAUUGGUAUAUUCCAGCUUCUGCUUCUGCUGACUUACUGCAAGCUGCUGCUGCUGCCACUGUUACUGGCACUGCUACUUCAUCAGAGCCAGCCACCACUGAGCCAACUUCUUCCGCUUCAGCAACUACUGAUGCACCUACCUCCGAUACAGCUGAAGCAAUUUCUUCUUCGGGUUCUUCUGUACCUGCAACUGAUUCUGAUGGAAGACACAUUAAUGCCACUUCGACAAUUACAAAUAAGUCAGUACCUACCGCUACAGUUUGCUCUUCCUGCACCAAGAACAUGCCAAACCUCAAUUCCACCAAAUCUAAUGGCUUAGUUGUCGUUCAAACAGGUGAAAUUUUAACAUCCUCGGAUUCCAAUGCGGAUUACACUUCUACUUCUGUUAUUGGUAGUGAAGCUACCGUGUUUGAAGUAUCUACUACUGUUGUAAUAGUAACAUCCUGUGAAUCAAACAAAUGUUCGGAUAUCUCAAAAACAACAGGCCUUACAGUUGUCACGGAAGAACACACAUCUUAUACUACCUAUUGCCCUCUUCCAACAGAAUCAGAAAGUAUUGUUGCAACCAUCGUUUCAUGUGACAAAAAUACUUGUAAGUCAAUUCCAACUACAAUCACAAGCGAAUAUGAUACGCAACCUAAAAUUUCAAAACAUGCAAGUAGCCAUGUAACAGAAACUGAUAUCAGCCCGGCCACAACUUCAGGUGCUAAUGAAUUAUUGUCGUCUUCUAGUUCUACUGCAAUCGCAAAUGAAUCAUCAGAUUCAGUUUCUGACAUAACUAAUAACCUCAACCAUGAUGUUACAUCUUCCACCUCAGUUUCUCCGGACUUCCAAUCAGGUUCCCCUAUUUCAGUUUCCAGUGAGUACAGCUCAUCUUCAAUUUCUAAUGCAUUUGAAACCGCUACCCUCAAUCCAAGUGUGUUCGAAGGUUCAGCACCUGUUAACAAACAAUGGAGUUUAUCUUCCUUAAUAGCUUUAUUUGCUAUUGCUCUCUUCUAA